UGCCUGGAGGUGGCGAGGGGAGGAGUCGUUGGCGUGUGUUCCAAGAUCAUGUUUGACUGCCGGACGUUUCCUGAACUGCGGAGGCCUUUAGGUUUGGGAUGAGAGAAGAAGGGCAGAUGCAAAACCUGGAGAGCUCGGGGGCCGGGCAGUCAGUCAGCACCCAGACUGGCAGCAUGACCGGUCAAAUUCCAAGACUUUCUAAAGUCAACCUUUUCACUUUGCUCAGUCUCUGGAUGGAGCUCUUUCCAGCAGCAGAAGUCCAAACCCAGAAAUCUCAGGAAAAGGAAGCAGAAAAUAAUGGAUCCUUAGAAGAUAGAGAAGAGGCAGACACAGUAUCUUACAAUCAAAAACAGGUGAAGAAAACUGGUCUUGUGGUGGUGAAAAACAUGAAAAUUAUUGGUCUUCAUUGUUCUAGUGAAGAUUUACAUGCUGGGAAAAUUGCUCUUAUUAAACAUGGAUCACGGCUAAAAAACUGUGAUCUUUACUUUUCCAGAAAACCAUGUUCUGCUUGUUUGAAAAUGAUUGUAAAUGCUGGAGUUAAUCGAAUUUCAUACUGGCCUGCUGAUCCAGAAAUAAGUUUGCUUACUGAGGCUUCCAGUUCUGAAGAUGCAAAGUUAGAUGCCAAAGCAGUGGAAAGACUGAAGUCAAAUAGUCGGGCCCAUGUGUGUGUGUUACUUCAACCUUUGGUGUAUUACAUGGUGCAGUUUGUAGAGGAGACCUCUUACAAAUGUGACUUUAUUCAAAAAAUUGCAAAAACAUUACCGGAUGCUAAUAUUGACUUUUAUUCUGAAUGUAAACAAGAAAGAUUAAAAGAAUAUGAAAUGUUAUUUUUGGUUUCAAAUGAAGAAAUGCAUAAGCAAAUACUGAUGACUAUAGGUUUGGAGAACCUGUGUGAAAAUCCAUACUUUAGCAAUCUAAGGCAAAGCAUGAAAGAUCUUAUCCUACUUUUGGCCACAGUAGCUUCCAGUGUGCCCAACUAUAAACACUACGGAUUUUACUGUAGCAGUACUGAGCAGAUUAAUGAAAUUCACAAUCAGAGUUUGCCACAAGAAAUUGCAAGGCACUGCAUGAUUCAGGCCAGGUUGUUGGCAUACCGAACUGAGGAUCAUAAAACUGGAGUUGGGGCAGUCAUUUGGGCAGAAGGAAAAUCUAGAAGUUGUGAUGGAACAGGCGCCAUGUAUUUCAUAGGAUGCGGCUAUAAUGCGUUUCCUGUUGGAUCUGAGUAUGCUGACUUCCCACACAUGGAUGACAAGCAGAAAGACAGAGAAAUAAGGAAAUUCAGAUAUAUUAUCCAUGCGGAACAGAAUGCUUUGACAUUUAGGUGUCAAGAAAUUAAACCAGAAGAAAGAAGUAUGAUUUUUGUGACCAAGUGUCCCUGUGAUGAAUGUGUGCCUUUGAUUAAAGGCGCUGGGAUCAAACAAAUUUAUGCAGGAGAUGUGGAUGUUGGAAGAAAGAAGGCAGACAUCUCAUACAUGAGAUUUGGGGAACUUGAGGGUGUUAGUAAAUUUACAUGGCAGAUGAAUCCAUCAAAAGCAUGUUCCCCUGAACAAAAUGAUCCUGAAAGCAAAGAGAAUGGUGUGUUGAGACCCAUUCUUCCGGAUGAAGAGCAGCACCAGUAUAAGAAGCUAUGUCUUGGAAACCACUAAGAAGUUCUGUCUAAAUUGCAAUGAAGGCCUCAAGAAUUUGCAGCCUUGUGAACUCAGAAAAUAAGAAUGGACUUCUGUUGACAAAAAAUUUAAAGGAGUUAAUUUAUGACUAGCAUAUGAAUUUUAAAUGAAAAUAUUUUUAUUUUAGAUUUAUUUAUGUCUCCCAGAAAAUAGUACUGUGUCCUUUUAUUACACUAAAUAAGGUGUUAUUUAGUGAGGUCCA